UUUGUCAGUAGAGAAGUAUCCCAACAACCAGAUGCUUGGUCGUCUUCAAAUUGUCAAUGGGAAGCCUGACAAAUAUAUAUGGAUGACUUACAAAGAAGUGUAUGACAUAGUGCUGAAAGUUGGUAACUCCAUCCGUUGUUGUGGCAUUGAUAAAGGAGGGCGAUGUGGUAUAUAUGGUGCUAAUUCUCCUGAGUGGAUUAUGAGUAUGGAGGCGUGUAAUGCUCAUGGACUCUAUUGUGUCCCGUUAUAUGACACUUUAGGUGCUGGGGCUAUUGAAUUCAUCAUUUGCCACGCUGAAGUUGAACUUGCUUUCGUAGAAGAGAAAAAAAUCUCAGAGCUUUUGAAAACAUUUCCGACUGCAGCUAAGUACUUGAAAACAAUUGUGAGCUUUGGGAAGGUUAGUUCUCAGCAGAAGGCUGAAGCUGAAAAUUUUGGUGUGCCUAUUCAUUCUUGGGAUGAGUUUUUGUCAUUGGGAGAGAACAAGCAUCACGAGCUUCCUGUGAAAAAGAGAACGGACAUUUGUACAAUUAUGUAUACCAGUGGCACUACUGGCGAUCCCAAGGGAGUCAUGAUUUCCAACAAUACCAUUGUUUCUUUUAUAGCUGGUGUAAAUCGUCUGCUAGAGAGUGUGAAUGAAUCGGUAUCCGUCAAUGAUGUGUAUCUCUCAUAUCUUCCUUUAGCGCACAUCUUCGAUCGUGCCAUUGAAGAGUGUUUGAUCAUUAAUGGGGGCUCUAUUGGAUUUUGGAGAGGGGAUGUUAAGUUGUUGGUAGAAGAUAUUGGACUCCUUAAACCCACAAUUUUCUGUGCAGUUCCUCGGGUACUAGAUAGAAUUUAUUCAGGUUUGCAACAGAAGAUUGCUGCGGGUGGUUUCAUACAAAAUACCAUGUUCAACCUGGCUUACUCUUUAAAACUGCGUAAUAUGAAGAAUGGAUAUACACACACGGAAGCAUCUCCACUCUCUGACAAAGUUGUUUUCAGUAAGGUGAAACAAGGUUUAGGAGGCAAUGUCAGAAUUAUUUUAUCUGGAGCAGCACCUCUUGCACCCCAUGUGGAAGAGUUUCUGAGAGUCGUGUCAUGUUCUCAUGUUCUUCAAGGAUACGGCUUAACGGAAACUUGUGCCGGUACAUUUGUUUCUAUACCGGAUGAGAUAAACAUGCUGGGAACUGUGGGACCUCCAGUCCCAAAUGUGGAUGUUUGCUUGGAAUCUGUUCCAGAAAUGGGUUAUGAUGCCCUUUCAAGUACACCACGUGGAGAAGUAUGUGUAAGGGGGGAUACUUUAUUUGCAGGCUACUACAAACGUGAAGACCUUACAAAAGAAGUCUUUGUUGAUGGCUGGUUUCAUACAGGGGAUAUUGGUGAAUGGCAACCAGAUGGAAGCUUGAAAAUAGUCGAUCGUAAGAAGAACAUCUUUAAACUCUCACAAGGAGAGUAUGUUGCUGUGGAGAACUUAGAAAAUAUCUAUGGCCUAGUCCCCGAUAUUGACUCGAUAUGGAUAUAUGGGAACAGCUUUGAGUCUUGCCUUGUUGCUGUUAUUAAUCCAAACCAGAUAGCAGUUGAGAAGUGGGCUGUGCAGAACGGUCUACCCGGAGACUUCAAUGCCCUAUGCGAAAAUGACAAAGUAAAAGAGUAUUUUAUUGGAGAACUAUCGAGGAUUGGAAAAGAAAAAAAGUUGAAGGGGUUUGAGUUCAUCAAAGCUGUACACCUCGAUCCUGUCCCGUUCGACUUGGAACGAGAUCUUAUCACGCCAACGUUCAAGAAGAAGAGACCCCAGUUACUCAAGUACUACAAGCGCGUGAUUGACAACAUGUACAAGAGUGUCAAAUAA